UGUAAGAGCAGCGCGGCACAAGAGGAAGUCACAUGACCAGCUCCGGGUCACCUUAGCUGUCAAUGUAAGCGGCAUGUUCAGCGCCUGAAGACUAGGCUGGUGUGCCCGCUAUCAGUAUUCCUUCGUGGACAAGUUUCUCACGUGAUGCCACUGCAUAAAUAUCCACCUGCCAUCUGGAAAUCUCUGAAGUUAAAGGAAGGUAUUUAUGCACGCCUGCCCGCCCAUUUUCUGAAAUCCCAAAAUGAGACAGAGAAGCCCGCUGCAGUACAUUGGAAACCACAUGGACUUAAAUACCGGAUAAAUCCAAAAACAGGACAGCGAGAGCGCGUUGCUGAUGUUCCAAUACUUCCAUACUUUCCUCCAGAAGCCAAUGAAGGACUUUGGGGUGGAGAAGGCUGGAUCACUGGCUAUCGUUAUGCCAAUAAUGAUAAGCUCUCAACCAGAUUAAAAGUUAAAUGGAAGCCUCAGCUCUUCAGUCGUGAAUUGUACAGUGAAAUACUAGACAAAACAUUUUCUAUAAAGGUGACAAUGAAAACUUUGGACCUUAUUGAUGCUGCUUAUGGAUUUGAUUUUUAUAUCCUCAAGACGCCACAGAGGGAUUUAUCCUCCAAGUUAGGAAUGGAUCUAAAAAGAGCUAUGCUACUACGUCUCGCAAAAAAAGACCCAGAUCUUCACCCUGAUGAUCAAACAAAAAGAAAAGCGAUUUAUAACAAGUACAAGGCAUUUGAGAUUCCACUUCAAGAAGCAGAGUGGGUCGGCUUAACUUUAGAAGAAGCUGUGGAAAAACAAAGACUUCUAGAAAAGAAGGACCCUACUCCUGUUUUUAAAACUGCUGUAGAUGAACUUAUUAAAAAAAUAAUGGAUCAGAAACUGGAAGAGCCAGCAGUCAUAGAGAACCGUCCUUGAAGAUUUCUCCGGUCACAAACUGUUAUACAUCUUUGGAAGAUAUGUGGCUUACAAGGAUAAUAUGUAUAUAUUAUACACUGUUAUACAAGUUGAAUAUAAAAAGAUUAAAAACCUUUUGAUAGUA